GCCGCAGCCGCAAGGAUCCCAACCCUAACCCUGCUCCGCCCGCACCCUUCUCCUUCCACCGUCCCUUCAUUGAGCAGGAAACUCCCGGACCCUAACCCUAACCCUGCUCCGUCGUCGCCUUCCCUCCUCUUCCUCCUUCCGGUCCACUGCCACAGCGCCGGAUACCCCCCAUCCUCCGCUCGUCGUUGGCGUGGCGGCCGCCCUGACCGCGCCGGAUCAGCAGCCGAUCGCUCGAGGUCAGAGCCGGCCGCCGCCCUUUCCCUUCCUCCGUUUCUCCUUCCCUGCGACCGAAGUCUCUGCCCUCCGCCGCGUCGCCAGGGGCCACAGACGCCGGCCUGGUGUGCCGGCCCCGGGUAGCCACUCCUCCUCCUCCUCCUUUCUCUCUUCCUUCUUCUCUCUCUCUGGUCCUCGUCCCUCCAUCCUCCCCGUCGACCAAGACUCUGGCCAGAAGAGGAGCGCUUUUCCCCUUUCGAUAACCUUGCGCUCCCAAACCUCCUUAAAACUCUAAUGAUGGGAAAAUCACUCGCCGAGAAGAAAGGGCUGAAGAAGUUGAAAACACGAGAAACGAUCAAAACUGUGAAGCAGCCAAUAAAGAGGCCUUUUAAUGACAAGCCAGAAAUGACCAAAGCUGCGAAGAAGCCUAGAAAGAAGUCUGAUGAUAAAGUAGCGAAUGAUUCAUUGCUGACUUCAGGACAUUCUCUCAAAGAACUUUCAAAUAGUGUCAAUCAAGAGGAAGAUAUUUUUAGGGAACCUUCGGUGUUCGACAAUUUAUUAAAGGCACUGGGAUCUGGUAGUGAGAAACUUGCCACCUUGUACAAAAAGAGACAACUAGAACAAGAGGGUAGAAGUGAUAGCGAGGAAGACAAGAUUGCCACAUUUGAGUCCGCUAGUUUGUCUGAAGAGGAAGAUGUUGGCACAGGUUCUGUUAGUGAAUCUAGUUUGGGAGAUGCUGAAGAAGAUGAUCUAGGAGAGCAUGGGCCUGCUGAUAUGUUGGAGCAGACUGAGGAAGAUGAAACUGGAGAUGAAGAUGGAAACUCUGAUGCCGGUGAUUCUCAGGACUUGGAGAUCAGCGGCCAGACAAUUUUAGAUGAACCAGAGAGCACAAGGUUCUCUUUUCAUCGUCACUUGGGGCAUAUCCUAACAAAUGAAGAGGUUGACGAAUUGAUGAAGAAUAAAUGGAAAUUUAAAUGGGAGUUGCCUGCAAUUAGCAUGCCAGUGUCUAGGUGGGCUGGAACAGGAGAUCAAGUUUCAAUGGAAACUAACAGCGAUCAAAAUUAUGGGCUUAUGCAAAAGUUGUAUAACCACUGGCUUGACAUCUAUAAAACUUCUGGCUUCAGUGACUUUGAUACAUCUAGACAGAGAUUCUUUUUUUCACUAUGCAGUAGUUAUCGAGAUAUAUUGCAUUGCAACAAGAAACCAUUUUAUCUCAAAGGCAACGAAGAGGAUUCAAGUAUCAUGGAUGCGUAUAUCAUGCAUGCCCUAAAUCAUGUUUAUAAGACAAGAGAUCUUGUGAUCAAGAGUGACGCAAAACUGGCCAAGCAUCAAGAAGGUAAUAAGGAAGAGGUUCUUCGGGGUGGCACCUUCCUAGAUCAAGGUUUUACUCGCCCAAAGGUUAUGUUCAUAUUGCCACUUGGAAGCAUUGCACUUCGUGUUGUGAAGAGGCUAAUCCAACUUACUCCAAUAUCAAACAAAGCCAAUGUGGAGCACAUGGAUCGCUUUUCUGAGGAGUUUGGAACUGGUGAUGUCGAGGAUGAUGAUGAACAGAAAGAUGGCAGUUCAAAAUCUCAGAAGCCCGCAAAACCUGCAGACUUCCAAAUUCUGUUUGGUGGAAACAACAAUGACCACUUCAUGCUGGGGAUAAAGUUCACAAAGAGAAGCAUAAAACUGUAUAGCGACUUUUAUUCUUCAGACAUCAUUGUUGCAUCUCCUCUUGGAUUAAUCACUAAAAUUGGGGAGGCUGAGGUUGAAAAGGAAAAGGAUGUAGAUUAUCUCUCUUCAAUAGAAGUACUGAUUAUUGAUCAUGCAGAUGUGAUAACCAUGCAGAACUGGUCCCAUGUAAAUACUCUUGUCGAACAAUUGAAUCGCAUGCCAUUUAACCAACAUGGAACUGAUGUGAUGCGCAUUAGGCCGUGGUAUCUGGAUGGGCAUGCACAUUUUUAUCGACAAACAAUUCUCUUGGGUUCUUUUCUUAAUCCAGACAUGAAUGCUUUAUUCAACAGAUUGUGUGUGAACCAUGCGGGAAAGGUGAAGUCGAUGACUGAGUAUAAAGGUGUUCUUCCUAAAAUAUUACUUGAAGUACGACAGGUGUAUGAGCGUUUUGAUGCCCCGUCAAUUGCUGAAGCUGAUGAUGCCCGCCUUGAUUAUUUCUGUAAGAAGGUUUUCCCUAAGAUAAAGGAUUCAAUUGAGGGUGGGAUUAUGUUAUUCAUAAGUUCAUACUUCGAGUUUGUGCGGAUUCGAAAUUUUUUAAAAUCUCAGAAUGCUUCUUUCUGUUUGCUUGGGGAGUACACGAAACAAAGUGAUAUAUCUCGUGCACGGGUUUGGUUUUUUGAAGGCAAGCGAAAGAUUAUGCUUUACACUGAAAGGGCUCAUUUUUAUCAUAGAUACAAGAUCCGUGGUAUACAGAAUUUAAUUAUCUACUCUCUACCAGAAAGAAAGGAAUUCUACCCUGAGAUCAUCAAUAUGCUUGAUGGAUCAAAAAACAUGAUGUGCAAUGUGCUUUUUUCGCGUUUUGAUCAUCUCAGGCUGGAGAGAAUUGUUGGAACUUCUGCUGCAAAAAGGAUGCUGUCAUCAGAUAAGAACAUCUUUGUCUUCACUUGAAACCAAAAGUGCUGUCAGGAGUUUCUCGAAGAUGGAUUAAAAUGGCCCUUCAUGGCUUUUGCUGGACUGCUGUACCUCUGCUCUUAAAUGAGUGAAUAAGUUGUGCUUGGUUUAUGCAUAGGUCGCAUCCAGACAUAAUGCAGGUCCAUGCACAUUCAGACUUGUUCUGAAGAGACAUGAAAUCAGGAGUACAAUGGACAAGUAUAGUCCAAAAUGGACUGCUGCUUUCAAAGAGAACAAAGAGGCACAUUUUUGCAGAUAGUAACAAAAAGCAGUUUGUUGUUUUUUUUGUAAAAUUUCCUCUUUCGUAAUUAGGAAAACUCUGGUCUCUUCUUGCCUGAUCUCAAAUAUGAACAGCUGUAUUCUCAAUUGGCAGAACAGUUUUGGCACUGAAAAAACUUCCAACAUCAUCAAUGAAUUUUUAUAUUCAAGAUUUAAA